CAGAGUGACGCGGGGACUUUGGACAGAUAAAUAUGGCGGCUCCCAGUGGAAGGUCGGUUUUAUUCGUGUGCUUGGGGAAUAUCUGCAGAUCCCCAAUCGCUGAGGCUGUUUUCAGGAAGAGUGCCACAGAUGGCGGGGUGGUGGACAAGUGGGUUAUAGAUUCUGGUGCCACCUCUGAUUGGAAUACUGGCAGCGCUCCUGAUGCCCGUGGUCUGGCCUGCCUCAGGAAACAUGGCAUAGAGACAGAUCACAGGGCACGACAGGUCACCAAAGACGACUUCAUGACAUUUGAUCACAUCCUCUGCAUGGACGAAAGCAACUUGAGAGAUCUGAACAAGAAGGCAAGCAGCGUGAAAAACUGUAAAGCCAAGAUUGAGCUGCUCGGCUCCUACGACCCUGAAAAACAGCUGAUUAUCCAAGACCCGUACUAUGGGAGUGAUAAAGAUUUUGAGACCGUGUAUCAACAGUGUGUGAGGUGCUGCAAAGCCUUCCUGGAACAGUACUCAUAACACAAACGCAUUUAUCGACCCUCUCCUGGAACCUCCAACACCAAUCACACCUCAUCAUAAAAUACUUGAUGUCUAGUUCAGUCUGUCACAAAUGGAAAGAUACACCCAAUGAUCCAAGCUUCUCCAUAAGCAAAAAUACACACCAAAUAAUAGCAGUCUAUGGAGAAGCCAUUUGUCUUGUAAAAUAAGUUAUUAGGAUGCUUGCUUAAGCAGAUAUAAAUAGAUUUGUUGUAUUCAACUGUAUAUGUUGAAUUGAGGAGAGUAACUAAACCAAAAUCAACCAUGCUCAAACUUGCCUGAAUGUGAAAAUUACUGCGCUUCCUUCUCUACACUAAUAAACUGUAAUUGUUCCUGAUUUUCUUGAAUAUGAUUGUGGUUGUGCCAGUGAGACACUGACGAGACACACUUCCUUCUGUGCGAUUGUCUUAUUUCCUCCACUUUUCCUUCUCUCUUCCAAUCGUUUCUUCUCUCACUCCAUAGCUUUAUCUAUGUCAUCUUCUUUAAGAGUUUGAUAAUGUUUUACUACCAUCACUACGAUACUAGCAACAAAAUUGUACCAUUAUCUUUGGUGUGGCUAAAGACAAAAAUUAAAUAACUCACAAAUAUUCAAAGCAUCCAACAUUAGCGAUAAGAUGACCUGAACUCCCUCCCUGAAAAAAAUAUAUUUUUUGAUGCCAAGAUAAACUGAGAGACACUAUGAAAUAUGUUGCAGAAGAUGGGGGUAUUAUUUAAGUAUUAAGGACACAAAAUGUUUAAACAAUCAUAAUUUAUUUAAAUAUAUUUUCUUUUAAAUAUACAUAUCCCAACAAUCCAAUUGUAUGUUCACUUAUAUGGUUGUCAAAGGGAUUUUAGGUCUCAUUUGUACAAUAUUUACAUAUUGACUAUGUUCGUCACUAUACAUCAUGUACGUCAAAAUACACUGAAUAUAUUCCACAGUCAUACACUCAUAGUCUCGCACAAAAAACUAAAAGCUUUUGGUCACAGAUUACAGCAAAGAUCCACCUCUCAUAAAUGUCUGCUGGCAAACAGAAGAAAAAAAGAAACGUUCAUGCAGUUAAUGGGUUUUCAGUGCUAGCACAGAGAAAAGGAAAGCUCAUAUGAGCACUGUAUUGAACUAAAUAAUUUCUCGUCACAACUCUGUAGUAUAAACCCCAUUGAGGCACGUCGCAUGAAAAACAUAAGUAUUGAAUAACAAGUUUCAUUAGCUGAUGAAAACAAAAUGCAAAACCAAGACAAUCCCUUUUUUCAUAGUGAAAUGACUGGAAAACUGUUUUUCUUUUUUGGCUGAAGGGUUUUGACCCAAUGAGCCAGAUGUUUUUGGCUUUCAUUCUUUGAUGUCCUCAAUAUGCAUUUUAAAGUUGGCUCUGAGCAGAGUCCAUCAGUCUGUCCUUGAGCAAGUGCAUCCCGUUAUUCUUGGUCCGUAGCCGCUCUGUCAAUUCUAUAUUCUCUGAACAGCCAGUGUUCUAGACGUGAUGUGAUGAUUAAGUGGAAUGUUGCAUGUUUUUUUUUUGUUUUUUUACUCUCUUCUCUUGUCCAAAAGGCACUUUUUUUUCUUCUCUGGGUCACUGUGGUUUGGCUUCAACCUGCUUAAUAAAGGAAGUGAAAUUAA